AUGUCUUUCACCACCUGCGCGGAGUCCUGCCGCCGAGCACUCUCAUUCGUCAUCCCAACAGCUAUCAUCGUUGAUUUCUACUCUGCAGAAGGGCUUGAUUUUGUGGCCAUUGACGAGGAUCCCGCAAGGUAUGGUACCGAUCAAGCCAUGCAGGAGAUAUACCUCCUGAAGGAUGAAGUCGCGCGGCCGCUCAACUAUGGGCAUAUCGCUUCGCUUUCGCAGGGGGUGCAUGUUCGGGUCGGGGUUCUACAUCCGGAUCUCUUGGUUGCCAUCUCCGCCGCCUCGGUGUGCCGCACUUGGUACCGGGCCGUGCUCCCGCUAGUCCAGUUAAAGCCCUAUGUCAAUAGCGGGCGCACUGCACGUCUGGCCAUGCAGCACAAUACGACGGUCAUGGUACAGGUGUUCUCGGAGCCACAGCAACUCCUUGCCAACGAGGAGAUUAUUAUUCCGAUAGAGCAGAAGCACAACAUCGUGGUGAACACGUUGACGAACCCAUUGGGCCUCUUCGGACAAGCCGUCUCGACACGUCGGGACGAUGAAAUUCCAGACGCUCACUGGCGCUAUUCCUAG